AGCAUGAGAAGUCACUUUCUUAAUGUGAAAAUGAGGAAAUAAAAUAAACUGUUUAUAAUACAUUACCAAAAACAGAUUAGGAUUUUCGAAAAACGCCAAAAUUACCCAACCGUUAUGGAACACAAAAUUGAUGAAGGGGAAGAAGUCAAAAUUGGAAUUAUUGGAGAAUCUGGCCUUGAUACACCUAUUGUACUAAGCGAUAGAAGGGAAUGCGCUGUAUGUACGCCAUUCGGAAAACCUUCAGAUAUUAUAAUCGAGGGAAAAAUUGAAAAUGUCAAUUGUGCCCUUCUAUCGCGAAAUGGACGACUUCAUGAUAUAAUGCCUUCUAAUAUUAAUUACAGAGCUAACAUUUGGGCUAUGCGUAAGUUGGGAUGCACACAUAUCUUAGUUACGCACACCGUAAGCUCCCUGCGUGAAAAUAUUCAUCCUGGAGACAUUAUUGUUCCACACGAUUUUAUUGACAAUACAACAAAACGUGCUCAAACAUUUUAUGACGGCGCUAUAGGCAGUCCUUUUGGCGUAUGCCACCUUCCCAUGUAUCCUGCAUUUUGCGAACGUACGCGUUUUCACCUCUUGAAAGCAGCCAAUGAGCUGCACCUCCCCAUACACUCGAAAGGAACUGUAAUAACAUUAGAGGGACCACGUUAUUCUACUGUUGCAGAAAACAACGUGUACCGCAAUUGGGGAGCUGACCUCUUGAGCAUGACACUUUGUCCAGAAGCAAUAUUAGCCAAGGAAGCCGGUAUACUUUACGCCUCUUUGAGUUUCGUGACCAACAAAGAGUGUUGGUGCACUAACCAGCCAAUAGCAACUACUCACGAAAUAAUAUAUACAUUCAAAAAGCAGGUUGAAAAAGUUCAAAGAGUUGUAAUUAAUGCUAUAAAAGGUAUUACACAGGAAGACUGGACAGAGGAUAUAUUAAAAGCUAAGAUUUUGGUGUGCAGUAAUUUUUCGAACCGCAACGAGUUGAUCUAAGCAAAUUACAACCCUGAAAAUUAAUAAAUUUAUAUUUGUCUGAUAAUAUGAACAUA